AUGGAGGAUCUCGCAGUCGAAGUAUGCGGCGAAAACGGAGCGUAUUAUAAGGCCUAUGUUACGGAUGUUUUUGAAAAUGAAGUACUGGUGGCAUUUGAUAAUGACUGGCAACCCGAAUCAAAGUUUCCAUUUGCUCAAGUACGUUUACCGAUGAAAGAUGGACCAAAACCCGAGUUCCAGGAGAGCCAGGAAAUAGAAGUCUACUCACGUGCUAAUGAUCAGGAAGCUUGUGGAUGGUGGAAAGCCAUAAUUAAGAUGAUAAAAGGCGGGUUCCAAGUUGUCGAAUACUUGGGAUGGGAGUACAGUUAUACAGAAAUAGUCGCGGUCGAGCGUAUAAGGAUGAAAAACACAAACCCGCCUAUCGACAAAAAUACCUUUCAUAAAAUAGAAAUUGAAGUACCUGAAGAGCUGAGAGAAUAUGCCAAAAUGGACAAUGCACACAAAAAAUUUCAACACGCGAUAGGAGCUGCAGUAUGUCGGUACCUUCCGGAUCGUGGAAUUUUGUUGGCUAUUUCUCGCAAUGAAAAUAUCAGGCGUCACAGUAGUAUGAUUCAAGAAAUGCAUUUUCGUAAUUUAAGUCAAAAAGUGUUGCUGUUAAAAAGAACAGAAGAAGCAGCCCGACAGCUUGAAUCAACAAAAUUACAAACAGUAGGCGGCAAAUUUCGAUCAUCAAACUUAAUAUAUCACCGUGUCUCAGACUAUGAGGCAGGAUCAAGAGCUAAUAAUUCAAGGUAUACAGAUGAAUUUAAUGUACGGGAAGAUUUGAUGGGUCUGGCGAUUGGUGCUCACGGGGCCAAUAUUCAGCAAGCAAGGAAGGUUGAAGGAAUUACAAAUAUUGAGUUGGAGGAAAAUUCUUGUACAUUUAAAAUCUAUGGCGAGACCCUUGAAGCAGUAAAGAAAGCACGCUCGAUACUAGAGUACAGUGAAGAAUCAAUCCAAGUACCGCGAGUUCUCGUCGGGAAAGUAAUCGGGAAAAACGGUCGUAUUAUUCAAGAAAUAGUAGACAAAAGUGGUGUGAUAACAUCUGGCUCGAGUGGGAAUGUACAUACUGAUAGAGUACGGGUUAAAAUAGAAGGCGACAAUGAACCACAACCGACAAUCCCACGUGAAGAGGGGCAGGUACCUUUUGUGUUUGUCGGUACGGUUGAAAGUAUUGCCAACGCUAAAGUACUUCUGGAGUAUCACUUAGCACAUUUAAAGGAAGUCGAACAAUUACGACAAGAAAAAUUAGAAAUAGAUCAACAACUAAGAAGUAUGCACGGAUCAACAACUGGACCAAUGCCGAGUUUUCCACCAACACGACGUGGUCCUGAGGAGGGUGGUGGUGGUCGAGGUGGUCGUGGUGGCCAAUCACGUGGACGUGGUCGAGGUCGCGCACCCACAAGACAUACCGGACCACGACGAGACCAAAUGGACAACCGUGACGAUGAUCGUAUCCGUGACCUUCCUCCCCGCGGAGGUCACCAAGGUCAUCACCAGGGAGGACACCAGGGUAACUCCGGUUACAUGGGAAACCGACAAAUGAGACCACAAGUGCCGCGACGUGACAGAAGAGACGACCGGCGUCGUACCACUGACGACGAGGACACCGUGCUGGACAGCCAAGACGUCUCCAGCAUCGACCGAGAAUCGGUAUCGAGUGUCGAAGGGAAACCUCGAGGAAAUCGGCGAAGACUGAUACGUACAAGAAGGCGAAGUUCAACUCCUGAUUUUAAUCAACAAGGCGGUAAUUCAACCGGCGAACAGUCAAAAGACGGAGUCCCGACGAAUGAUAUGAUAAUAUCAAACAACAGCGUUUCGCAAGGCCCAAAAGGACAACGAGGAGGAGGCGACCGCCGCAACUCCCACUGGCGAAACCCGACAAAUAACAAGCCCAAGGAAACCCUGGUCAACGGUACCAGUGGCUAA